AUGACAUUAGUUCCAAGCAACAUUAACAAGCAAGAAUUGACCAGGGAAACAAGGAACCUGAAUCAAUUCUUUGGAAAGGAGCACAUUUAUAGGUACAUUGAAGGCAAGGGUGCACAAAAGCACAGAGAUGCAGGUUUGCGCCUCUUCACCUCUGGGCACCUGCAGAAACUUAAGUUUUUGAAGAUAGAAAGCUCAGAGACUGUUGUGCGUGCAGACGUUCUGGCAUCAAUGACAACAAGGACUAUAUAUAAGGUGUCAGCCCGGCUACUAAGAAGUGAUGGAGAAAUUGUUUCAGGCACCUGCACCUGUGUUGCUGGCAAAGGGUCUGCAUGUAAGCACCUGUGUUGUGUUUUCUAUGGAUUGAUGUAUAUAGCUCAGCAUGACCUUGCAACUGUGCCAACCUUGCUGGCGUGUACUGAGACAGAAAGGCAAUGGUACAAACCGAGAGAUCCGAGAAAUGUACCACAUAGCUUUGAAGACCUUGUCUUUUCGAAGGAUACUAGGGAGAGACUCAGCAGUGCACCUGAGCAUCACAACAAACGAAUGAAAUAUUCAUCACUAAAGCCAGAAAGAGAGGUCAUGACGACACGAACCUUAAUUGGCUUACAUGGAAAACUAAAAGAAAAUGGACUGCAGUGCUUCGCUGACAUUUUAGAGGCUAAUGAUUUCUUGUGUGACAAAAGCACCAAGUCAACAAAAGACAACAAUGUGCGUGAAAGCAUGCCUCUGCGCUGGCUUGACGCCGUAAAAAAGUCACAGACGCUAGUGUACUCAGCUGAUGAUGUUGCUGCUGUUGAGAGUGCGACAAGGCUGCAGAGUGGCUCAACACUGUGGCACCAUUACAGAAAGGGAUUGAUAACGGCCUCAGUAGCACAUAGAGUUUACACGUGGGUCAAAACGUGCGAAACAAAAAUGGGGCCUCAUGAUGCCCGGUCACUUCUGAGUGCCAUAAUGGGGAAGAAGUGUCGAGCCACAUACGCCAUGAAACGAGGGCUGUUGUGUGAGGAUAAUGCAAGGAAGGAAUUCAUAGAGCAAAACAGAGGGCACUUGGACAUACAGGUCGAACAGUGCGGUCUGCUUUUGUGCCGGAGCAAUUCUUUUCUAGGAGCAAGCCCCGAUGGCAUUGUUAAAUGCCUUUGUUGUGCUAGUGUUCUGGAAAUUAAGAGUCCAAUGAACCUUGACACAUUUUGUAAGAGUGAGCUACGUGAUGGGUAUCUGAAGAGAAGCAGCAGAUACUUCACCCAAGUACAAAUGCAAAUGGGGGUGAGCUGCUUACAAUCUUGCAUCCUCUUCGUUUACAGUGAACAAAAGUGCGUGCAAGUUUCUGUGAAUUUUGAUCAGAGUUUUUUCGAUGAACUGGUGAAGCGGUGCAAAUUUUUUUUGUGAGAAGUACUUGGUGCCUUCCUUUCUUGACAGUUAGCACUUCAAAAUUUCUAUUAGGCAUUGUGUAGUAGUAGUAGUCAUAGGUCGGCAAACUCACUCAUGAGUCGACUCACUCAGACUCAGAUCGGUCCGUGAGUGUGAGUGAGUAAUAUUUUGGUGAGCUUGAGUCCGAGUGUGUCCAGCUGAGGAAAAUUUUAGUGAGUCUGAGUCCGAGUGAGGAAGAUAUUGGCGAGUCUGAG